UCUAAACCAAGUUUUUCCGACCAUGGCUUCCUCAUCCGCAUCUCGUGCAUCCAACUAUGAUGUCUUCCUCAGUUUCCGAGGGGAAGACACUCGACAUUCUAUCGUCAGCCAUUUGUACGCAGCUCUUGCUAGCAGAGGAAUUGCUACCUUCAAAGACGACAAAAGGCUUGAGCUAGGCGACCACAUUUCUGAAGAACUCCACAGAGCAAUUGAAGGUUCGGAUUUCGUUGUCGUGGUUCUCUCAGAGAACUACCCUACUUCCAGGUGGUGCUUAAUGGAGCUCCAAAUGAUAAUGAAGCUUCAGGUGGAAGGAAGAAUUGGUGUCUUUCCCGUCUUCUAUAGAGUAGACCCCUCUGACGUGAGGCACCAGCAAGGAAGUUUCGAUCUAGAAGGGUACGAACGUGAUCCACAAAUGGUAGAUAAGGUUCCCAAGUGGAGAGAAGCUCUUAAAAUGAUAGCCGAUCUUUCAGGCGUGGCAUCUGGACAGUGCAUUGAUGAGGCAACUAUGGUUCGAAAAAUUGUCGAAGAUAUUUCAAAGCGCAAGGCGAUGAUGCAAAAGAUAGACUUCAGAAAUAUUGUUAGGGUAGAUACUCACUUGCAAGAACUCAAGUCUCUCUUGGAUAUGGACUCCANGGAAAGCAUCGAAACUUAA